AUGACAAGGGGUAAUAGCAUUCUCGCAGGCCUCUUCCUUCAUGUGACGGUCUUCGCCGCAGGGUGCAUUGGACAACGAUUAGGACCGUCUGGAUCGCAGUCUAUCCCGCUUGACCUGUCGCCUCUCUACAACAAUAAAGCAUUUGGCACAUAUCCAGGAGAGGCUUCUUUCGACACUCUAGGCCAAUCUUAUCCGGUGCCGGAUCUAGAUGAGCUCUACUAUAUCUCAAGCGAUACAGGCAUAGGAUACUCAUUCCCAGGAUACACCGGACCCGACAAGCCUGACAAUACCAUAUGCGAUAGCCAAGCCAUAGCUGUACCCCCCGGGUCGUACUUCUCCGUCUCGUUCCUAGUCUCCGAGGACAAGGAAGGGGAAAUAGUUUCUGGUAAUGUGACCUUUACGUAUACUGACAACAGCACGUCGGUGUAUGAACUGCGCUCUCUGGACUGGUAUAGCUUCCUGACUAUUAAUCGCGGGGAGCUAAUAUUCCCGAGUCGCUUCACCGCGACCGGUGUGGAUUACAACACCAGCCAUAUAUUUGAGCGAACUGCGCAUUUGGACCCUGGGAAGCAACUUCGCGGUAUCACGUUACCGGAAGCAACCAGCGCUGACGAUGGCCGACUACAUGUGUUCGCCGUUUCUUUAUGGAAAGCCGCUGCGGGAGUAGACGUGCAAUCUAUCCGUCCAACUCAAAAAUGGCUUAGCAGCGGUUCGCAAGUAGUUGAAGUCACGGUCAAUAAUGCCGGACCCGAUUGCGUUGCGGGAGAUGGGUUAACUCUAUCAAUCUCUGGUGAAACUCUUCGAACCACCGACAAAGGGCAUCUCAAGCGGCUAUGCCCAGGAGACCAGAAGAUCGUGACAAUAGGGGUCGAUUCAAACUCUUCCAAACCACUCAACGCCUCAGUAAUCAUUGACGAUGGCGUUACUCAGCGGUCUCUUGAAUUCGAGACCGUACAAUUUGGUCUGACCGAAUGGACCACCGACCUAGACAACCUCGCAAGACACGAAAGCCCAGAAUGGUUCAACAAUGCCAAAUACGGGAUAUUCAUCCACUGGGGGCCAUAUUCCGUAACGGGAUGGGGCAACUCAUCACCGCACGAGAGCUACGCAGAAUGGUUCUGGUGGUACUCGACGCACCACCCCCAAUCCGACCCCUCCGACUUCUUCGACUACCGCCUGCGCACCUACGGCAAAGACUGGGCCUACGACGACACCUUCGCCAACUUCACCGCAUCUAGCUUCGACCCGAAAGCAUGGGUAGACCUGAUCGCCGACGCCGGAGCCAAGUACUUCGUCAUAACAUCCAAGCACCACGACGGCUUCGCGCUCUUCGACACCGGGGACACCACCAACCGCUCCGCAUUACACUACAGCCCGCAUCGGGACCUACUCGGCGAGCUCUUCGACGCCGCGGCGCAGCACCAACCCCAUCUCAAGCGCGGGACAUACUUCUCGCUACCAGAGUGGUUCAACCCGUCCUACGGCCCCUACGGCACAGACACCUGGCCCGGGAUCCUCGCUCCAAACCCGUAUACCGGGGCCACGGAGCCGUACACCGGCCACAUCCCCGUAUCCGACUUCCUCUCCGACAUCAUGCUCCCGCAGAUGGAAACCCUAGCAUAUACCUACGACACCGACAUCCUCUGGUGCGACUGCGGCGCCGCCAACGCAACCGCCGCAUUCGCCGCGCACUGGUACAACGCCGCCCGCGCCUCCAACCGACAAGUCACCACCAACAGCCGCUGCGGGGUCCCCCAAGCCGCCGACUUCGACACGCCCGAGUACCAGCAAUUCGCGUCCGCGCAGCGGCGCAAGUGGGAAAGCAACCGGGGCCUCGAUCCCUUCAGCUACGGGUACAACGGGGCCACGCCCGACUCCGCGUACAUGAACGCCAGCAGUAUAAUCCACACGCUCCUAGACAUCGUGUCCAAGAACGGGAAUCUAUUGCUGGAUAUCGGGCCCCGGGCGGAUGGGACGCUGGUGCAGGCCGAGGUGGAUAGCUUGGUAGAAGCAGGGGGGUGGAUUGGCGGGCAUGGGGAGGCGAUUUUUGAUACGACGUAUUGGUUUGUGCAGAGCGAGAUUGCUGGGGGGGCGGAUGUUAGGUUUACGCAGACGGAUGGGGCGUUCUAUGUGUUUUUCUUGGAACGGCCGGUGCUUGAAAGCGGCGUUGUUGAUAUUGCGGCGCCGGUGCCGGUGGUAGAAGGCGAUGAGGUCAGUUUGCUGGCCGUUGAAGGUGGUGAGAACCUGACAUGGAGAGUGACGGGGCAUGGCAGCCAGACGAUACUCAAGAUCGAGGUUACCGAGACACUGUUAGAUAAAGAGAAGUUCAGCUGGGUGUUUAAGAUCAAGUAUGCAUAA